ACCAACGAUGGCCGCCACCAGCGGCAGCAGUCACCACAGCGACUCCAAAUUACUGGUCCGCUUUACAUGCCGAGGGAAGAAAAUGCCUUUUAAAUUAUACUGGACUGUCGUUUUCUUCCUUUUUACUCUAAACCGGUGUUUUGCCGACGAUGACCACGAGAUGGAAGAGUUCCUGAAGCGGGAGCAUUCCCUUUCCAAGCCUUACCAAGGUGUGGGCUCCUCAGGCUCCUCCCACUGGGAGCUGAUGGGUGAUGCCAUGGUAACCACCGAGCAGGUGCGCCUCACACCUGACAUGCAGAGCAGACAGGGGGCAAUAUGGAGCCGCAUUCCUUGCCAUCUUAAGGACUGGGAGCUGCAGGUGCACUUUAAAAUUCAUGGGCAAGGAAAGAAGAACCUGAAUGGUGAUGGGCUGGCCAUUUGGUAUACUAAGGAACGCAUGCAGAAAGGUCCUGUUUUUGGAAAUAUGGACAAUUUCACUGGCUUGGGAGUUUUUGUGGACACAUAUCCUAAUGAGGAGAAACACUUAGAGGCGCAGAAGAAGAGAUACACGCCUCGCACACAGAGGAUCUUCCCCUUCGUCCUGGCAAUGGUGGGGAAUGGCAGCAUCAGCUAUGACCACGAGCUGGAUGGCCGGCCCACAGAGCUGGGCGGCUGCAACGCUAUGGUGCGCAACCUCAAGCACGAUACCUUCCUCUUCAUCCGAUACGUCCGCCGCAGGCUCACGGUGAUGAUAGAUAUCGAUGGGCAGCAUGAAUGGAGGGACUGCCUGGACCUACCUGGGGUGCGGCUGCCACAAGGCUAUUAUUUUGGAGCUUCAGCGAUCACUGGAGAUCUCUCAGAUAACCAUGAUAUAAUUUCCAUGAAACUCUACCAACUGACGGUGUUGCGGAGCAAAAAGGAAGAGGAGGAGGAGGAGGAAGAUGUAAUAACCAUACCCAGUGUUGACAACAUGGAGCUCAUCAGAUUGGGUCAGCGUGAAGAGGGGAUGAGCGGAAUAGCCAUUUUCUUCACCGUGCUCUUCUCCAUGCUGGGUUGCAUCUUCCUCAUCGUCAUCGGCCUGGUGGUCUACAGCCACUGGAGCGAGAACAGACGCAAACGCUUCUACUGAGGAAAACAACAAAGCAGACGGUGAUUGUAAUAGCUACCAUGGUCCGCGGACCCAGCUGCACUGAAAAUGAGACGCUGCUGUCAGCCGGCGGGGUUUUUUUUAUCCUGAGGACAAUACAAUGUAGUUUGACAGGAAGUGGACUGCUACGGAAAAGCCAUACACCCAACUUUGCCAUCAGUAGCCAUGAACCAGUAGGAGGAUCUUCACACUUUGUCCUCAACCCCUGGCUGACGCACACCAACUCGGCCUUACCAUCUCCACCUCUGUACCUGUUGCAAAACCAGAUGUGCAGUAUCUUCACUGACUUCUUAUGAGCAGCUAUAUUUUGUGUUUUUGGUACUGUUAGUUGGAUUUGGAGGAUUGUUUUUUUUUUUUUUUUAUUAUUGGUUUUCAGUUCACUUGAUGUUGAUUUUACAGCUUUGAGAAAUCUAUUUAAGUAUCUGAUGUGUUCUGCUUGCAAAUGAUCGACCACCUGCAGUGCAAACCAACCAAAUAUUAGUAAAACCCACGGAUCCAUCUCCACAUUGCUAUCUCUACACUUCUUUGCAUUAGAAAAGCCUCUCAGUGUACACUAUACUGUAUAAUGUGCUCGAUAGUCUUACUGUUGCUUUAGGAUGCAUGGCCCCUGUGCAAGUUAUUUUAAUGAACUUUCUCUGAUACCGAUGCUCUUUGUUAAUAUUAUGAGUGGGCUUUUUAUGCGUUCUGUGCUGCAUGUGCUGGUGGCAACAAUUUGUGUGUUUCAGGGAAAUGUUUUAUUUCAAUCACUAUAUAAUUUUACAUCAGGUGUAUUUUUUCAAAAUGUUUAUUUACAGUAUAUUUCAUACCUUUUACCUUCAUCUGUGUGCACAUUUUUUAGAGAGACAUUUUUUCUCUUUAUUUUCACUACUUUUAUUGGCACAGAUUACAUGCUGGAUGCCCUUCCUGACACCACCCUUUUAUUCAGGCUUGGCACCAGCACUAGGAGUACACUAGCUUGUGACCCCUUUUUUGAUUUAUUUUUUUGCACAUUGUAAACUAAAUUGACCUCUUUGUGUUUCUUUUGUUACAUAUAAAAAACACCUGUUUUUUUUCCCCCCUUGAAUGUCAUACCUGCUCUUGAACCCAACAUGCAUACUGAUUUGGCCUCAGGCCGCCUCGCAGGAGUCAUAUGUUCAAUAGUAAGUUCAUAUGUUUCUGUAACCACUUUAUUCAACACCCUACCUUAUUUAUGUUUUUUUUUUGUAUAAAAACUGUGCCUCAUGUAUUCAUGCAGCGACAUAGAAAUCAAAAUAAA